GCAGCCGUCUUUGCCAACGUCACAAUCCUGUUUUAGUGCGACUUUUUCUGUUGGACUGCAUUCGCCCCGUGAGCAUCGUCUCGGACUUUGAUUGUCCGUAAGGAACGUUCGUCGUCGACCCGGUUGUACGAACAAGACUCCCUCCGCUACCUCGGUUCUAAGGAUUGCAACCUGCACAAUGGCCCAAGGCGCAGUUAAGAAGAGCAAGGCCGCGGCUCCCAAGAAACCUACCCAGCGCGUUCAGCGCGGCGCCCGUGUCAUCAAACCCAAGAAGACGUCGAUAAUAACGCAAAACAAAAUCAAGCAUAAGAGCAGUUCGGGGUUAGUCGGACAGACGGAAAAGUUACUUGCGCAAAAGGCUGGACAUUUGGAGAUGCUAAAGGGAGGAAAGAGGGACAAAAAGGAAGGCGCGAAGAAGGAGGGUGGGGACAAGAAGAAAUCUGGCUGAAAGGACUCGGGACACAGUAAAGAUGCUCUACGGCAGGCGCGGGUGGAAUGCGACAAGUAUUC